AUGGUGUUUAAAGUGUCUGCCAACAGUGCCUGGAGGGUUACGAGGACGCUGUGGCUGCUUAUGCUAGUGAGUCUGUCUGUGAGCAUAUGUGUUUGCCGAGCAUCUUCAAUUCAGGAGGAGGACAGUGCCAUGGAGAACAUCGUUACAGAGAAAAAGGUUGAGGAGAGCCACAGGCAAGACAGCGCGGACCUGCUCAUCUUUAUAAUGCUCCUCACCCUCACCAUCCUAACCAUCUGGCUGUUCAAACACCGGCGGUUUAGGUUUCUGCACGAAACGGGACUGGCGAUGAUUUAUGGUGUACUUGUUGGCGUGGUCUUGCGCUAUGGCAUCCAUGUUCCUCGGGACAUUAGCAACACCACAAUGAGCUGCCACGUCAAUGCCAGGCCCGCCACUCUGCUGGUGAACAUCAGUGGGAAAUUCUACGAGUACACUCUGAAAAGAGAGAUCGGUGCAAACAAAGUGAACGACGUGCAAGAUAAUGAGAUGUUGCGAAAGGUGACCUUUGACCCUGAAGUGUUCUUCAAUAUUCUCCUUCCACCUAUCAUCUUCCAUGCUGGCUACAGCUUGAAAAGGAGACACUUUUUCCGUAACAUGGGAUCCAUCCUGGCUUAUGCCUUCCUGGGGACAGUUGUUUCCUGUUUUGUUAUUGGGUUGCUGAUGUACGGCUGUGUAUUGCUAAUGAAGCAGGUGGGACAGAUGGGUGGGGACUUCUUCUUCACUGAUUGUCUGUUCUUUGGAGCCAUUCUCUCUGCCACAGAUCCUGUGACGGUCUUGGCCAUCUUCAACGAGCUGCAGGUAGACGUUGAUCUCUACGCUUUGCUGUUUGGAGAGAGUGUGCUCAACGAUGCGGUGGCUGUGAUUCUGUCCUCGUCUAUAGUAGCAUACCAGCCACAGGGGGACAACAGUCACACCUUCGAGGUCAUGGCGUUGCUGAAGUCUUUUGGGAUGUUCCUUGGAGUUUUCAGCGGUUCAUUUGCUCUGGGCGUGGCCACCGGGGUCGUCACUGCUCUCGUGACCAAGUUCACUAAACUGAGGGAUUUCCCACUGCUGGAGACAGCUCUGUUCUUUCUAAUGUCAUGGAGCACAUUCCUGCUGGCUGAGGCCUGUGGCUUCACAGGUGUGGUGGCGGUACUUUUCUGUGGAAUCACUCAGGCCCACUACACCUUCAACAACCUGUCUCCUGAUUCCCAGGACAGGACUAAACAGCUGUUUGAGCUGCUAAAUUUCCUGGCAGAGAACUUUAUUUUCUCCUACAUGGGUCUGGCCCUGUUCACCUUCCAGGACCAUGUCUUUAAUCCCAUGUUCAUCGUUGGAGCUUUUGUGGCAGUUUUCCUGGGAAGAGCCGCGAACAUCUACCCUCUCUCAUUACUUCUUAAUCUGGGACGACGCAACAAGAUCAGAUCCAAUUUCCAGCACAUGAUGAUGUUUGCGGGACUGCGAGGCGCAAUGACCUUCGCCCUGUCCAUCAGGGACACGGCAACAUACGCCCGUCAGAUGAUGUUUACCACCACUUUACUUGUUGUCUUCUUUACUGUUUGGAUUUGUGGAGGUGGCACCACCCAGAUGCUGUCCUGCCAGCAUAUACGAGUGGGAGUGGAUUCUGAUCAAGAUAACCCUAUGAGUAUUACUGAAGGCCCUGAGAGAAGAAGCACCAAACAAGAAAGUGCCUGGCUGUUCAGAAUUUGGUACAACUUUGACCACAACUACCUGAAGCCCAUCCUGACUCACAGCGGCCCCCCUCUCACAGCCACGCUGCCUCCCUGCUGUGGCCCCCUCGCUCGCUUCCUCACCAGCGCUCAAGCCUACGAGAAUGAGUGCCAGCUGAAGGAUGACGACUCUGACCUCAUCCUGACAGACGGUGACAUCAACCUGACCUACGGCGACAUCACAGUCAGUACAGAUGCCUCAGGUUCCCACACGAGCAGCGGCCCAGCCUUUGCUGGCGCUGCCACCUCUGAUGACUUGGACAGAGAGUUAACGUACGGAGAUCACGAGCUGGUGAUGAGGGGCACACGCCUGGUGCUGCCCAUGGACGACUCUGAGCCGCCCUUUACGGACCCCCACCACCGCUUGCGGAUGUGAAGACAGUCUUUUAACGCAGACCCAGACAUACCGUCCAACUCACAUUGACCCGAGCCAUCGAGCAAAAGACCAGUACCUGACAUUCCUUCUUUCACUCCUCCACUUUGUUUACUUUUGCUCUUGCCUCAUUCUUCUUUUUAACCACACAUUUCCUCACUUCCCCUUGUAGCAAAUCACUGUCUCUACCUCAUUCUCCUCGCUAUACUCGUUUCCACUCCUCUCUGGCAUCUGCCAUUAUUGUAAUAUAGUCUUAUUUAUUUGCGUUUUUUUUGGGGGGGGUAUUCAAUUGAAAGUCAGUCUGACUUAGUUUGGCUUAAGCUGUGUCAGUUACCUUACUGUAGCAUUGCACAGAGGUCUAGCAGCAUGUGUUAGUGUGUAAAUGCUAGUAGCAAACCCCAAGCUAAUUUGUCGAUGUACAGUAUAUCACUAGAGUACUAUAACUUUGAUUUGCAUGCUGAGGAUGCUUGGUGUUUUCUUUGUAUGAGAGGUUGAGGGCUUUUGUGUUUUGGGUCUGACUUUGAAUGUUGCUGCCUCCUCUCUGCACAUCAGAGGCAUGCUGACCCUGUGGACAACUUUACUUUACAUUUCUGUUACAAUCAAGUGCCUGGGAAUUUUAGUUUUAAGCCUGGCAACCCUGUUGGAUCAGCUUUUAAAAACAGCCAGUUCAGGAUGGGCAAUCAUGCAGUUGUAGUUUUACUUUGUAAAAAAUAUAUAUAUAUAUUUAAACAAAAAAAACUAAACCAACUCCUCUGUCCAUAAGGUAGCAAUAUACUCAGUGGGUGUUUGGGCUGUUAGUUUGUGUUAUUUGCCUGUAAAUAAUGUGUAACAAUGUGAUGUCACUGAUGCAGUGUAACCUGGCAGUGAGAGUUGUGGAUCUCUCCCAAUGACCUUUGACUGUGACAUAGAGAGGGACUUUACACCUUAUUGUAGAAGCUGAUGUCGCUUACGGCAUAAGGAAGGGCUUUUGUUCCGUAAAGGAGAUCCAAGUGAGUUUUAUUAGAGAGAGAUUUGUGCCAUUUUUGUUCUGCAUUUUUACAUUUUGUGAAAACUGAAUGCAGACAACCUUAAAGUGUUUUGUAUUAUUUUUGCAACAGAGCUUAAUGACUUAAAGCUGAGUUACAUUUGUCAUACACAUUUAGCUUUGUGAGUACAGUUACUAUAACAUGUGUGCAUUAUUGUCUAGACUUUGGAUCAAAUAUUUUGCAUUGAAUGAACCUGAAGAACACAUAGAUUCGUGAAUUUGGCACUAAAGAAAUUUGUUAUUGGUCGGAACACAAGAGAUUUUGUGAGUAUAAUUUUGGCAUAUCAAAGAAUUGAUUCAUUCCCUUUGAUUUUAUUAGGGCUGCAGCAAAUUAUGAUUUUCAUCAUUAAUUAAUCUGACAGAUAUUUUUUACAGUAUAGAUCAAAUUGAUUAAUCAUUUGAUCUAUACACUGUAACAUGCCUAUCACAAUUUCCCAGCGCUUAAGUUGACAUACCAUAUUUAAAUCUCUUGUUUUGUCUAAUUAACAGUGUAAACCCAAAGAUAUCCAAUUAAUGUAAAAUAAAUUAAAAAAGCAAAGAUUUACAUUUGAGAAGCUGGAUAUGGUGAAUGUGAGGCAUGUUUGCUUAAAAAAUAAUAAACUAUUAAAUGAUGACCAAAAUUGCUUGUCGAUUGAACCAUUAAACCACUGAUUAUCACACAUCGACUGAUUAUCGCUGCCCUAGAUUUUAUACAAGGAAGUCCAUAAAUUCAGUGAAUAGGACAUGAAAGGCUAUCUGAUGAUUAUUCUAAUCAUUUUGUCUCUGAUAUGAGCAGGAUGUUUGCACUGUGGUAGCUCAUCAUCAUGAAAACUGCCAGAAUAGAACAGUAGUUGUUGAAAUUGUUUUUCUCUGCUGUACACAACAAUGUCCUUGAGGGUUAAUGGUUGGAUGGUUAAAGAGAAGUAUAUACUAACAUUAAUUCAGUAUAUGCUUGCUUUAAGAUGCAUUAAGUCAUACAAAUACUAGUAAAGGGGUACCCAUUGGUGGUUGUGUUGCAUUUAAACCUGUAGUCUUAUGUCAGUGUGGAUGCACAAGAAAAGCGGAAGAGUUUCGUGAGCUGAAUAUAGCAGUGGGUUUAACAGGAAGCGCUGAUAGAGCCUCACCAUGGCAACGCUGUGUUGAUGAGGACAGAAGCCAGAAAACACUCCAAACACAGUGACUUUGUUUAACACCAUGGUUUUGCGAUUUAUCGUCUUGGUGAACUAGAGAAAAAAUAAGGAGAUGGAUGCAAGAGGAUUAUAAUAUGGUUUCAGAAAAGGGUGAAAGAAAGAGAUGAUAAAAGAGAGAAAUGGAAGAAGGAUAGUCAGUCCUGUUUGUGUGUUGGGGACGAUACAGAGGUGGAAGGAAGUGCAGGCUUUUUGAUAUCGCUUUCCACAGUUUAUCUUCUGCUGUGCAGGAGCUUCUAAUUGAAAGUGUUUACAUUUUUUUAAUCAGGCAUCCCUCUGGACACCACAUCUUUCCAGGAAACGAUUUAUUCUUUCCACCAUUUUAUGCUUUUUGUUUGUGCUAUUAUUGAUUUCUAUUUUGUGGAAGGCAAACACUGAAGAAAAAAAAAAAAGUUGAAGUUGAAUUUGCACGUAUCCAUUAGGAAUGUUUUAUUUUUGUUCUAAAGUUUUAUCCAACAGAUGCUUUUAUAUUAUUUCCCUUUAUGUUUUGGAAGGUCAAGAGAAAAUGAACAUCAGUUUCUUAAUGAUCUUGAAUGAAUGUUCAGUAGAGUCAAGUUGGUUCAUUGAUAUUUAAAUAUAAUUACUGAAAUAAUUAUUUCCACAUUGCAGUGGCAGCCGAGAUGAUUUAUUUACUUUUUUACUUUUUCUUACUGCUGUUAGAUCUCAUCACUUCACCAUUCAGGUACUUUGUGUCUAUGUUUGAUGCUGUUGUCAUGACUUCUGCGGAGCAAGAAUCAUUCAUCUCCAACAGAUGGUGGAAAAAUAAAUAUAUAUAUACAUACAUACACACAUACACACACAUUUAUAGGUUUUGGUGUUUGCCUACUGCUCUGCCAGUUGGUGUUCUCUCUCUGAAUGGUGACUUGUGAUAGGCUUUGAACAUUGGAAACCCUUUCUGAAGUAGCUGACCAAAGAGGCCUGUUGUGCUUUGUGUGCUUUGUGUUGUCAGACACUCUAUCUUUAUACUGCAAACUGUGUGUGUGUGUGUGUGUGUGUGUGUGUGUGUGUGUGUGUGUGUGUGUGUGUGUGUGUGUGUGUGUGUGUGUGUGUUGUCGUCCCUCCUUACGUCUGUGUUGCAGGUACUGACUGUUAACAUCUGUGUAAAUAUACUCUCACCUGUUGAUGUGCGUGCAACGGUCAAUAAACAGAAGCCUCUGCUUUUGAUUAAA